AUGGCGACACAAUUGGCUGCCGAUUCGGCCAAGACAUUGAUCCUCAUGCCGGUCCCAGUGCUUCGUUCUGACUACGUUGCACAUGGCGAGGAUCCAACCAACAAUUUGGAAUCCAUCAAGGGCUCCCAUGGAGAAACAAAAUUCAAUUACAGGGCGCCUUACUGCGGAGGCCAACUUGGCCCGCGAGAAAUCAUCCCACAAGCCAUCCACUGUGUGGAUGUCAUUGACAACUUGCCCAAUCUCAAUAACAUUGGCAAGGUUGUAGCCUUUAAGGCUUCGCUGUACGGAACAGCUUUGGAAAAUGCGGAAUUGGCACUUACCAAAGCUAGGACCGCCCUGGAAAAUACCGACAACAACGUAGCCCAGAACCCGGAAAAUACAAUCCGCUACGGGAACUUUCGGAGCUACAUGCAACUCUACGGAGCGCAGUUUGGAUCACCUGAUGAUGCCCUGAAUCAAAAGGAUGGAGUUAAACUCCUCAAAAAGCCAACAAAAUGCCCUGUCGAUCAGUGGCACACCAUUCUUUUCAAGAAGAACAAGGCACUUGCAUACUGCCAAGGCCAUAUCAACUGGGAUAAAGAAGCCACAGUACAGAUUCCCCUGUACACAAUCCAAGAAAUGAUAUCCAUCUUCUUGGGCUCCUUCCCUUUGGAAUGA